GAGUGUGUAAUACCGGAGCUUUAACUUUGUGUCACUAUGCUGAGUUUGAAGAAAUAAUUGAGAAUAUGUGCAGUACGGUGUCGCGAGCGGGUGUGUUUAAUAUCAGCCCAACAUGUCACGGACACGGUGAAGAUGACGGUGAAGCUCAGGUCCCGGUGCUGAGCUUGGUACAGUUCUCUAGACCUCCUCACGUUACCUUUGGGAUUGUAAAGUUGGGAUCAUCUAAAUGUGUUCCUCUGGUCAUUACAAACCCGACUGAAGAUGCAGCUGUUACUGUGACUGUGGAUAAAGUCCCUUCUUCUAAAGGGUUCUCAGUGGAUCACACGAGCUUCACAAUCCAGCCUGAUGACAAAGUGAUCAUAACUGUAACAUGGACACCUGCAGAAGAAGGCGGCGUGCGAGAGCUCCUCAGCUUUGUUGCCAAUGGCAUUGUCAAGCAUCAAGCCAUUCUGCUCGGAAAAGCAGACGGCGCAAAACCCAAAAAGAAAAGUCUAUGGGACACCAUCAAAUCCAAGAAAGCCCGUUCCCAAGAUGGAAAAGUGGCCUCAAUACCGAACAAGACAGCCGACAAGACAUUUCGUGUGUCACGACAACCUCAAUACAAAAGGAAUAGAGCCUCAAACCCACUAAUGCCAUUAAACCAGAAAAGGACUUCCCAAAGACCUGUUAACACAAAGGAGAAAUAUCCCCAUUCUGUGUAUACUGACGUUCCCCAAACGAAGGCUAUCUGUGAUGAUUUUGGAAGCAUGUCUUCUCAAAACAAGUCUCCGCUUGUUCUGUUAGUGCCAGCUGUCAGAUUUCUUGAUGCUAUGGGCAAGGAAAAUAUCUCUUCAGUACCACUGCAGAAUAGCAAAGAAAGCAGGGUGUUGAACAAGACACUGUCACCUAUUAGUACCCCGGAGAGGUUUUCCAACCCCUUGAUGUCCCGCUUUCAAAGUCCUCUUCCUGUAAUUUGUAAACCGGAUAAGGUUGGACAUCCAUCGAGGCAGAUUUUGUCCGUUAAAGACGCAUUGGCUGUCAUUAAUUCUGAUCUGUCUUGUCCAGUGAGUCCCCCGAAUGCCUGCUCUAGCUUGAAUUUAGCUGAUUCUCUGGAGUCCGACGAUCAAAGCGCGGACGGUAAACUUGAGACAGACUUAAACGUCGAUGGAGAUGUCUCCCCUCAGAUUGACCUCGCACAGCCAAGGCUAACUUAUUUUGUCAAAUCUGACAAAGUACUAGGUGAUGGCUCAGGGCCCGAGGACCUCGUGAACAGCCCUGAAGCAUGCUCGGCUACAGAUAACACGUUUUAUAACGGGAUCAGUGGUGAGAAAUUAAACCAGGCAGAUCUUAAACCCAAGAAGAUAGUUUUUAACUCUUCAACAGUUAUCAAAAGCAAAGCUGUGGCUUCUCCAGAGCAUAGUCCAAACACGCGCACAGUAAGAACCUUCAGACGUAGACUUCUGCAGAAAGCGCCUUUGGUUUCUUCCAGUCCAGACUCAAACACCAGCUUACUGGAGGGGGUCUCUGUUUUGCCUGUAAUAAACACUGAUGCAUGCGUUAACUUGAAAUUCAGCGCAGCACCACCACUGGAACCAGAACCAGUGCCUCCAUCCUCCACUCACUCCGCUGUGCAACCAAUCGUAAGCCGUAAUGACAAAAAUAACACAAACCGUGGGGGUGUGUCUUCUGACCGUAACACCUUGGACAUUCGGACAUCGCCAUGCCACGUCUCCGAGGACCUGUUUCCUGUGCAUAGCCAUGCAACCAAUCGCAGCAGAAAGAGAAAAAGUGAAGAAUAUUUAAGGGACAGCUCUGAGUGUUUAACAGAUCCUUCGGAAGUCAAAGUCAAACACAGUUCUGAUGUGACGCAAGAAUACAAAAAAUCUUGCCCUGACGACCAGUUCAGCUCGAGGUGUAAACAAAUCCAAAGUAAAAAAUCUGUAACAACAAGCUCAAGGAAGUCCACCAAAGUGCAACCUCAGAAGUCCAACCCAAAAUCAACACAACAAGGAGCCACGAAGUCUCUGAAGUCAUUCAGCUCCACAAAGGCGAAAACAGCGAAGGUUAUAGCGGUGGCACAAACCAGGCUGAACUUCAUAAAACCAACACAGACGGCAGAAAUACCCAGGCAUCCGCUGCCGUUUGCUGCCAAGAACAUGUUUUACGAUGAACGGUGGAUUGAGAAGCAGGAACGAGGAUUCACAUGGUGGAUAAAUUACGUGCUUACUCCUGAUGACUUCAAAGUGUCCACUGAAGUCACCAAAGUGAACGCUUUAUCGUUGACUAUGGGAAGCGAGAAGGUCAGCAUCCCAAAAGCACCAACAAAAGAGGAGAUGUCGUUCAGAACCUACACGGCCCGGCGGCAGCUGAACCGCGUCCGACGUGCAGCAUGCCAGCUGUUCACAUCUGACAAAAUGGCAAAAGCUAUAAAGCGCCUGGAGGUGGAGGUGGAGGCAAAGAGGCUACUCAUUCGGAAGGAUCGACACCUGUGGAAGGAUAUAGGUGAACGGCAGAAAGUUCUAAACUGGCUGCUGGCUUACAAUCCGCUCUGGCUGCGAGUCGGCCUGGAGACGAUCUUUGGAGAGCUGAUUUCCUUAGAGAGCAACAGCGACAUCAUGGGCCUGGCCAUGUUCAUACUCGGGCGACUGCUCUGGAAUCCAGACAUUGCUGCAGAGUUCAGACAUCCCAAAGUUCCCCACCUGUACAGAGAAGGACAUGAGGAGACUCUUUCCAGGUUCACUUUGAAGAAACUGCUCUUGCUUGUCUGUUUUCUAGACAAGGCAAAAGAAUCCAAGCUGAUUGAGCAUGACCCCUGUUUGUUUUGCUUGGAUGCUGAAUUUAAGACGAGUAAAGAUCUUCUGUUGGCAUUUUCACGUGACUUCCUCAGCGGGGAGGGAAUCCUUCCACGCCACCUUGGCCUUUUAGGUUUUCCUGUGUCUCACAUCCAAACCCCCCUGGAAGAGUUCAAGUUUGCUGUGCAAAAUCUCGCCAUUGAUCUAAGAUGUGGCAUUCGCUUGGUACGAAUCAUGGAGGUCUUAACCCAAGACUGGUCCCUGUCGAGUAAGCUGCGAAUGCCUGCCAUUAGUCGUCUUCAGAAGGUGCACAAUGUCGGGGUCGCGCUGCAGGUGCUCCGCGAGAAAGGGGUUGAUUUGAGAGAUGAACACGGAAAUGUCAUUGACCCCAGAGACAUCACAGAUGGACACAGAGAGAAGACACUUAACCUCCUGUGGAAAAUAAUCUUCUCCUUUCAGGUUGAAAUUCUGCUCGAUCUGGAGCAACUUAAAGAAGAAAUCAGCUUCCUCAGGAAGACUUGGAGAACAAAACUGAAACUGCGUUCUUUGAAAGAUGAUACAUAUGUUUUUAAGAGCGUGAAGGAAAGGACGGUUGAGAAUCCCAGCGAGAAACUGACGCUGUUGUUGGAUUGGGUCAAUGCAGUUUGUAGCUUCUACGGAUUGAAGGCUGAAAACUUUACAGUGUCGUUCUCUGAUGGCCGAAUCCUUUGCUAUCUUAUUCAUCACUACCAUCCAAACCACCUCAACGCCGAGGACAUCCGACAGGAAACAUCACAAACGAUCGAGUGUGGCCUUUAUUCUAAACUGGAACUAAACAACUCAAGUGACUCUGACUAUUCCUUUGACUCUCUGGAGCAGAAAGAUGUGUCGUCACCAACAGUGGAUUUCAAAACGCUUCUUGAGAACGAGCGAAGAAAUUUUCAGCUUGUGAGCUCGGCCGUGUCUGACCUCGGAGGCGUUCCUGUCAUGAUCGCUCCAGAGGACAUGUCUAACACAAUCCCAAAUGAAAAGGUGGUUACAUGUUACCUGUCUUUCCUCUGCGCUCGACUUUUGGAUCUCCGGAACGAGACGAGAGCCGCCAGACUUAUCCAGAGUGUGUGGAGGAGGUACAAGCUGCAGAAAGACAUGCGGAUUAAUCAGCUGAGGAACCAGGCUGCAAAAAAAAUCCAGACCGUCGUGCGAUGCUUCUUAAAGAAAAAAAGGCUGAACAGACAGAACGUGGCUGCCAGCAUCAUUCAGGCCGUCUGGAGAGGUCACGUGGCCCGAGAAGAGCUAAGAAGAAUAAAGGAAGCAAAACGCUUUGCUAUGCAAGAAACAGCUGCCAUCUUAAUCCAGAAAACCUACAGGAAACGGAGGACACAAAUUCUCCUGAAAAAGAAUCACGCUUCAGUCGUCAUCCAGACAGCUUUCCGAACAUGGCACACAAGAAAAAUGGCUCUGAGGAAUUCUGCUGCUGUUCAAAUCCAGACAUGGUUUCGAAUGCAUCAAUGUCGAAAUCACUAUCUGACCAUGAAAUCCAAGGCUGUCUUUAUCCAAGCCUGGUUUAGGGGUCACCUUCAAAGGCACAAGUUUCAAACCCUGAAGGAGCGUCAUCGUUCUGCGGUGGUCAUCCAGAGCGCUUUCAGGGCUUUACUUGUCCGAAAACAGAUAGGUGAGAUGCGGCAAGCUGCAGUUGUUAUCCAGAUGUGGUACAAGGCCUGCUUGUUAAGAAAGAAAGAGCAGAAGCAUUUUGAAGAGCUGAAAUAUGCGGCUGUAAGGCUUCAAUCAGCGCUCAGAGGAUGGAAGGCCAGAAAAGAAUUAUCACAGCAACACCAGGCUGCUCUUGUGAUCCAGACCGCUUACAGACGAUUUGCGGCUCAAAAGACUUUCCUGUCCCUGAAACAAUACGUGGUCAUUGUCCAAAGGAGGUACAGGGCUAAAACAGUUGGAAAGCAAUUAAGAAGUCAAUACCAGUCUCUAAAGUGUGCAGCAGUAAAAAUUCAGGCGUCAUGGAGAGGCAAAGCAGAGAGAAAGAGAAUCAGCCUGCUCCAUCAAUAUGCCACAGUGAUCCAGGCUCAUUAUCGUAGACAUGUGCUGCGGACAAGGUUUAUUGUGUUAAAACAGGCUGCUUUAUUCAUUCAAAAACAAUACAGGUCUUUUAGGAUGACGAAGGAAAAGCGGUCAGAAUUUCUUGAAGUGAAAAAAGCUGUAAUAGUUCUUCAGAGCGCGUAUCGUGGUGCGAGAGUUAGGCAAGACGUAGCCAAAAGAAGCAAAGCCGCUACCGUAAUUCAAUCCGCCGUGAGAGCUUUUAUUGUUCGGAAAAACUUUCUUGCUCAAAGACGGACUGCUCUAGUCCUUCAGCGACGAUACCGGGCAUGUGUACUCGGACAACUGGAAAGGAAACGUUACCUUCAAUUAAAAACAUCAUCUACGUGUCUUCAGGCCGUAUGGCGUGGCUGCAAAGUGAGAAGAGAACUGAAAAAACAGCACCAUGCUGCUACAGUUAUACAAGCCUCUUUCAGAAGGUAUAAGGCACAAGUCUGUUACAUUGCUGUCAAAUGCGCUGCUACCAUCAUACAGCAGCGUUACAGAGCACAGCAGUUGAGCAGGAAGAUUCUCACAUCUUAUCAGCAAAUGAAAACCGCAACCAUCACUAUACAGUCAGCGUUCAGAGGAUGGAAGGCCAGAAGAGAAUUAUCACAGCAACACCAGGCUGCUCUUGUGAUCCAGACCGCUUACAGACGAUUUGCGGCUCAAAAGACUUUCCUGUCCCUGAAACAAUACGUGGUCAUUGUCCAAAGGAGGUACAGGGCUAAAACAGUUGGAAAGCAAUUAAGAAGUCAAUACCUGUCUCUAAAGUGUGCAGCAGUAAAAAUUCAGGCGUCAUGGAGAGGCAAAGCAGAGAGAAAGAGAAUCAGCCUGCUCCAUCAAUAUGCCACAGUGAUCCAGGCUCAUUAUCGUAGACAUGUGCUGCGGACAAGGUUUAUUGUGUUAAAACAGGCUGCUUUAUUCAUUCAAAAACAAUACAGGUCUUUUAGGAUGACGAAGGAAAAGCGGUCAGAAUUUCUUGAAGUGAAAAAAGCUGUAAUAGUUCUUCAGAGCGCGUAUCGUGGUGCGAGAGUUAGGCAAGACGUAGCCAAAAGAAGCAAAGCCGCUACCGUAAUUCAAUCCGCCGUGAGAGCUUUUAUUGUUCGGAAAAACUUUAUUGCUCAAAGACGGACUGCUCUAGUCCUUCAGCGACGAUACCGGGCAUGUGUACUCGGACAACUGGAAAGGAAACGUUACCUUCAAUUAAAAACAUCAUCUAUGUGUCUUCAGGCCGUAUGGCGUGGCUGCAAAGUGAGAAGAGAACUGAAAAAACAGCACCAUGCUGCUACAGUUAUACAAGCCUCUUUCAGAAGGUAUAAGGCACAAGUCUGUUACAUUGCUGUCAAAUGCGCUGCUACCAUCAUACAGCAGCGUUACAGAGCACAGCAGUUGAGCAGGAAGAUUCUCACAUCUUAUCAGCAAAUGAAAACCGCAACCAUCACUAUACAGUCAGCGUUCAGAGGAAUGAAAGUUCGCAGAAAUCUUCAAAACAUGCACCACGCAGCAACGAUAAUUCAGGCACACGUUCGUGGUCACCUGCAGUUGGUGGUGUAUAGGAGACAAAAAUCGGCAGCAUCCAUCCUUCAGAGACGAUUUCAUGCGUACAAGUUAAAGGACAAAGUUCAAAAGCAGUAUAUUGCAUUGAAAAAAGCAGCACUGUGUAUUCAGUCAGCAUAUCGUGCAAUGAGGGUGAGAAGGAAGAUCUCAGAGAUGCAAACGGCUGCAAAGGUUAUUCAGAGGAAAUACAGAAUGCACAAACAAUACAAAGAAUAUCAGGCACUCAAACAGGCUGCAAUCUUCGUGCAGAGGAGAUACCGAGCCAAUGUCCUUACAAAUAGGCAACGCGAGAGCUACUGUGCCUUGCAGAAAGCAGCCAUCACUUUGCAGGCUGCAUACAGAGGAAUGAGGGUGAGAAGAGAGAUCAGAAAGAGACACCGAGCUGCCACGGUGAUACAGGCGAGAUACAGAAUGUACAGAGUAAGGAUGCCCUACCGAGCCAUGAGAAUUGCAGCUAUCCUCAUUCAGAGACAGUACAUGGUUUACAAGGAAAGGAAACGUUUCUUGUCCAUCAAAGCAGCAGUCAAGCUUUGCCAGCAGAAAUAUCGGGCCAUUUUGACUUCAAGACUACAGCGGAAAGCUUACCUUGAAAAGUAUAACGCUGUGCUUGCAAUUCAGGCAGGAUACAGAGGAAUGAAGGUCCGGCAGCACAUGCGAGUUAAACAUAAAGCUGCAGUAACCAUUCAGUCCCAUGUCAGGAAGCAUAUAAACCAAAAGUACUACCAAAGGCUUCUCUGGGCAUCAAGAACCGUUCAGCGACGCUAUCGAGCCAAUAAAAUGAGAAAGAAGGAGAGGGCUGCUAUUGUUUUACAGGCUGCGUUCCGUGGUAUGAAGGCCAGAAAAGCUCUGAAACGAAAGCACCAGGCUUGUACCGUUAUACAGAGCGCAUACAGGGCUCAUCGUGCUCAAGCAAAAUAUCUGUGCGUGAAAUUUGCCGUUAUUGCUAUUCAGCAAAGAUUCCGUUCCCUACUUGCUGCUCGUAGUCAAAGGGAGCAGUUCCUGAGAUUGCGUUGUGCCGCAGUUACCAUUCAAGCCAACUAUAGACGGCAUCAUGUCCGGAGGGAGAUGAUUCUUCGGCAUCAAGCAUCUACAAUUAUUCAGGCUGCUUUCAGAAGACAUAGGGAGGAAACCAAAUAUCAGGCCAUGAGGUUGUCUACUAUUAUCAUUCAGAGACAUUACAGGUCCUACGUCAAAACCAAAGUGACCCGGGAGAGAUAUUUAACACUGAAAAAGUGUGCCAUAUGUCUUCAGGCAGCUUAUAGAAGACACACUGUUCGACAGAAUAUGAGAGACAUGCACAACGCCGCCACCGUUAUUCAGGCAGCUGUAAGAAUGCACAAGCAAAAACUGAUGUUCAGAAAGCAGCAGUGGGCCACAAAGGUUCUCCAGGAGAGAUUCCAAGCUUGGAAGCUUGGGAAUCAACAACAGCAGAGAUACCUGCGUUUAAAGGAUGCCGCCUUGUGCUUGCAGAAAUCAUUCAGAGGUAAAAAGGGAAGGGAAGUCGUGAAGAGGAUCAAAGCUGUAAGGACAAUCCAGUCCUACGUAAGGAUGUUUGUCCAAAGGCGACAUUUCCUGAAGCUAAAAGCUGCAGCAGUUUCCAUUCAAUGUGCUUACAGGGCACAUUACCGCAGAGUGCAAGAAUCCAGGGUGCAAAAGGCUGCAGUCGUGAUACAGCAGCGGUACAGGUCACGGCGGCUGGUCCGUCACGAGCAACAGAAAUUCCAAACAAUUCGGAAAGCCGCACUGACAUUGCAGCGCGCGUUACGGCAAAUGCUCACAAGACGGCUUGAAAGAAAACGACUGGCGGCUAUCAAGAUUCAGUCUGUAUUGCACAUGAAUUUAUAUCGCAGCCAUUACACCAAGUUGCGCUCAUGUGCUGUAAAGCUCCAAGCUAAUUACCGCAUGCGUACAGCCAGGAGACGUUAUCUAAGACAUCAAGCUGCUGCUGUUACAGUACAGACCUUCUACAGGGCACACAGAGCAAAGCUGGAACAGAGACUCCAGUAUCUUAGAACACUGGACCGUAUCCGUGCCCUUCAAGCAACUGCCCGUGGGUUUAUUGCGCACAGAAGGUUCCGAAAAACGAGAGCAAGUGCAGUCAAGAUUCAGGCUUGUUAUCGUGGAAUGGUGGAAAGGCGCAAGUUUCAGCAACACAGGAAGUCUGCUUGUGUUAUUCAGAAGCAUUACAGAGCCCAUCAACUGUGCCAGAGGGAGCGGGCACGGUUCCUCGAAAUGAGGAAGUCUGCCCUUCUGAUUCAAAGGGAAUUCCGUGUCUACCGUUCACGGAAAUUUGAGACGCAGAGACGAGCUGCGCUAAAAAUUCAAGCAUGGUUUAGAGGAUGCCAGGCUAGACGUGCCUGCACCGCGAAAAAGGCUGCUGUUGCAACCAUCCAUAGAUGUCUUCAAACCAGAUUUCAUCGGUUAAGGUUUCAAGCAAUCCAACACGGUGUCCAUGUAAUUCAGCAAAGAUGGAGAGAAACACUGACUGCUAGGAAACAGCGAGCAGAAUUCCUAAGGUUCAGGAAAUCUGUUGUUAUUGUGCAAGUCCUGUGGAGAGCUGCUAGGGAGAAAAGAUCAGUUCAACAGGCUCAGGAAGCUGCAAGACGACAUCGUUUCACUGCUGCUGCUUAUCAUCACUUGUGCGUGUUGAGGAUACAGAGGGCACUGCGAGUUCACUGGGCACUGAAAGCAGCCAAGAAGCAGAUUUCUUCAGUCAUUUAUAUCCAGCGCCGCUUCUUGGCCAAGUUUCAGAGAAGGAGAUAUCUUGAGCAAAGACAAAAAAUCAUCACUGUCCAGAGAGCGGUGAAGGCUUGGCUUAAUCAUCGCAAUCAAGCAGCCACUUGUAUCCAACACGCUGCCAAAAGAUUCCUUCUGAGACGCAGGCAAGAAAGACUGCAAAAUGGAAUCAUAAAGUUCCAGGCACUCUGGCGAGGUCAUCGCUCACGGAAGCUUCAUGACACAAAUAAAGUCAUUUCCAUCAGACAUCGCUUACAAAAGAUCAACCGAGAUGCCAAGGAAGAAGACAAGUUGUGUCACAAGACUACAACAGCCUUGAGUUACCUUCUUGGAUAUCAAAAUUAUGCCCAUAUUCUAACCGCAUUAAAGCAUUUGGAAACCGCAACCAGACUUUCACCCGAGAGCUGCGAACAUCUUGUGAACAGUGGAGCGACGCACACAAUCUACACCUUAAUAAGGAGCUGCAACCGGAGUGUGCCUUCAAUGGAGAUCAUCACCUUAGCAAUUCAAGUUCUUCUCAAUGUAUCAAAAUACAACAAGACCAUAGAUGCUGUUUAUGAUGUGGAGAACUCGGUGGAAACGCUCUUGGAUCUGCUUCAGAUGUACAGAGAGAAAGCUGGGGAUAAGGUUGCAGAUAAAGGGGGCAGCAUCUUCACCAACGCAUGUUUCCUUUUGGUGAUUUUGGUACAGGAUGAAGAACGGGCAUCGAGGGUGAAAAAGCUCCCCAGGGCCUCAGACCGCAUUUGCAGGAUACAUACGUUAAUGCUUAAAAAAUGCAAAAUAGAUGCUGAAAGAACCAAAAUUAAACAAAGGAUGAAUGUCUCACUGAAUGGAAGCUUCUUCCCCCAAGCCACUCCUCAGAAGUCUAAGACAGUACUCAGAUUUGCACCAGACUGGGUUCUUGAAAGAAAGAAGAUGAAGAAUAUUGUAGAUCCUCUUAGUGCCAUCCAAGCAUUGGUUAAAUCUCUUUCCAUUGUACCUUGAGAACACAAUAAGAUUUAUUGUACUUGUUGAAUAUAUUUGUUUUUUCCUUCUUGUAAAUAUUACCUAAAAUUUUAUUGCUGUUUUUCACAUUUGAUUAUGCUUUUUAUAAUUUUUUUUAUUUUAUUUCCAUUUCUGCUUUUUUGUGAGUUUGUUUUCAGAACAAUGCUGGGUUUUAACAUUCCAAGAGCUGUGUUAAAUAUUAAAUAUGUACUAAAUAACCCUUAACAUUCCAUCUACAGUGGUUGUAUUGGCAUUACUGCACUUGUAUUUAAUAUUUCUGAACAUUUCUAUUUUUUACUUUUUAUUUUUUUGUUAAGACAAUGGACUACAUGCAUAAAUGAACGUGUAAAAAGCAAACAUGUACAUGCAGAGUUUUCUUGGGCAAAUUAUCAACUUCAAAUGAUUAAUAUUCUUGUUAUUUCCAUAUAUCUUCCUGAACAACCCAACAUUAAAAGUGCUCAACAUCAUUCAAAA